AUGUCCCUCUAUUCAGGCUCCAAAGGACCGUCUCAUUCUGAUGUUGGUGGGCGAGGUCGGCUUUUACUAUCAUUAUGUAGACAGAAUCAAAAUGAAAAGGAGAAUCUAGAUUCAGAACCUAAUAAUCCAGCGUCACGCACGAUUGAUAAUGUAAGUGUAUGGAACCCCUUUAUUUUUGAAUAUGAUCGCUUUUCGACUAUAAUAACUGAUAAAGACUUGGCCAUAUUAUGCGAAAAGUUCACCCAAAUCUCACCUUGUUCAAAUAAAAAUACUUUAGCACGUUUUGAACCCACUAACAAUGCUGAAGAAACGAUUGAAAAUCUAGACAACGAAUCCACAAUUAGUGAUAUUGUCGAACCUUUCGGAGAUGACGACUCAAUUAAAGAUCCAGAUUUCGAUGUAUCGGACUACGUUACGUCCCCAGACAGUGUUGAAAUGGAUGAGGCUAACAUGAACCAGUCGACCAAAAAGCAAGCGAAAGAGAUCCGACAAUCCCAAGAAAGUAGGCUCAAACAAAAUCAUCAAAUUUGCCCAGCAGCUGAAGUUCUGGUUGAUGUCAAUAAUUUUUCACCAGAAAACGAAGGCGGAACCACUACAAAAAGAGGAAAAAAACGAGUUGCCUGUCCUUCAGAAUGGAAAAGUAACAAGAAUAAACAGCUUCGUAAUUCGGGCAAAGAAUACACUUCACGGAAAUCUAAUAAAAUCGUUAAAGCAAGAGUCAUAAAACCUCCUUGCAGAAAUUGUCCACACAACUGUCCUUUAAAAAUUUCAGAAGAAAUAAGGAUGUCUUUAUUCAAUCGAUACUGGGAACUUGGCAGUAUAGAAAAGCAGCGAGAUUUUGUGGUUCGUCACUCAGCUGAAGUAAAACCUCAGUAUCCUCAAAUAAGCCUGCCCCCCGCGUUCAUACCCAACGAUCAACGCCGAGAUCCUUAUAAUAAUGACGGUAGGGGUUUUUCGAGUUCAACACAUUUUCCGCCCUACAGUUCUACCCCUUAUCCUCCUAGAGACUUCGCGUACAAUCCUAACGACCCCCGAAACGACUACAACCAAAAUUUCGGACAAAGACCCAGUGAUCUACCCCCGAGUUUUGUCCCUAAGACUAACGUAAACAGUCCUCAAAAUUUUAACAAUCGACAGGGCGACUUUUCUGCCCAAAGACCUAUCAAUCCUCAGAAUUUCGGUGGUAGGUCGUUUGACGACGAUUUUAACAGGAGAAAUAGGGUCGAUGGAGAUAUUAGAGGAUUGUUACAGGCUUUGGAUAUUCAGGCUUCUCAAAUGUGCACAAAUAACGUGGCUGCUCAAUGGAAUUUUGAAACCAACAUCAAUGAGGCUACUCAGUUGGAAGCUAUAAAUGCCCAACAAUUUUACUCGGAAUUCCAGCACGGAGUCUGGGAACUACUCAGUAAGGUUGGAAAUAUAAAUAGCUUGGAUCCUCAAACAUUCAGACAAAUUAGGUAUUACUCCGUGAUAGGGCCUUCCGCACUGCCUCCAGAAGAAUUAGAUAGGUACAAUCGACUGAUUAACGACAUGCUAGUCCUGUACAAUACUGGCUCUAUAUGUGCCUUUAAUGAUCCUCUGCAUUGCGGACUAAGGCUACAACCAGAUCUCUCCAAAAUCAUGGCCAAGAGCAGAAAUUGGGACGAGCUACAGUACGUUUGGACUGAAUGGAGGAGAAACUCCGGGCAGAAGAUGAAAGACGCGUACGAGCAGAUGGUAAAGGUAUCCAAUAAUGCUGCCAGAGCAAAUAAUCUUGAAGAUGCCUGGGAAGAAGUAAAGCCCCUAUAUGAACUGCUUUUGACUUACGUGCGACGCAAGUUAAGAGAAUAUUAUGGACCUGAGAAGAUCAAUAGACAGGCACCUUUACCUGCCCAUAUUUUAGGAAACAUGUGGGGUCAGUCAUGGACCAAUAUAUUAGAUAUCACUCAACCGUAUCCUGGACAAAGCUUCUUAGAUGUUACUCCAGAAAUGAUCAAACAGGGUUAUACUCCACCAGAUUUGUUCAGGUUGGCAGAAGACUUUUUUGUGUCGCUGAAUAUGAGUGUUCUUCCUCUAGAAUUUUGGCAGGGAUCAGUACUUCAAGAACCACUGGACAGGAUAGUUCUUUGUCAACCUUCUGCCUGGGAUUUCUGCAAUCGUAGAGACUUUAGUGAGAAAUACCAAGGAAUAAAACCACCAGUACUGAGGUCCGAAAUCGACUUUGAUCCAGGGUCCAAGUAUCAUAUUCCUGCUAAUAUUCCAUAUUUAAGGUAA